AUGGCGAGCAGCGAACGACCCAAAGUGACCCUCGAGUCCUUACCCAACCUUCUCGCAGAUGAUACCAAAGUCAAGCUUGCAGGUGUCGAUGUCGAUGGAAUCUUGCGCGGCAAGUUGGUCUCCAAGAAAAAGUUCCUAGGCAUCGCCAAGGAAGGCUUUGGUUUCUGCUCCGUCAUAUUUGGCUGGGAUAUGCAUGACCAGACAUACUUUAAAGAGUUGAAAGUCAGCAAUGCCGAAAAUGGUUACCAUGAUAUUAUUGCCAUCCCGGAUCUCAGCAGCUAUCGACGGAUACCUUGGGAGGAUAACGUCCCUUUCUUCUUGGUCAGCUUCUUUGACCCCGAUUCCGGAAAGCCUGUCAGCGCAUGUCCCAGGGGUCUCUUGAAGACUGCUGUGGAGAAGUUGAAGGCUAAAGGGCUUGGUGCUAUGGCUGGAGCUGAAUACGAAUUCUUCCAAUUCAAGACACCUGCGAGCAACCCAAAUGCUCCCGCAGACCAACGAAAUGGCACCCCCGUUGCCACCUUCCUCCGAGAUAAUCCUGUCAACUCCCUCCCGCCCCUGACCGAAGGCAUGUUCGGAUACAGCUUAACACGACCUGUGCAUAAUCAAGAUUACUAUUAUGGGAUCUUUGAUGCAUGCGAGAAAUUCAACUGUGGAAUAGAGGGAUGGCAUACUGAGAGCGGGCCCGGAGUUUAUGAGGCUGCAUUGUCUUUUGGAGAAAUCCAGGAAAUGGCAGAUAAGGCCGGUUUGUUCAAAUACGUUGUGAAAUCGGUCGCAUCAAAAUAUGGAAUAACUCCUUCCUUCAUGGCUAAACCACGACAAGGCCUCCCGGGGAAUAGUGGGCACAUGCAUGUUUCGAUAGUUGAUAAGAAUGGAAAGAACCUCUUCUUCCGCGAGGAGAAGGAUACAGAGGCAGAAUAUGAGGAUCUUGCCAAUCUGUCAGAUAUGGGACGACAUUUCCUGGCUGGGCUACUGGAAGGACUUCCAGACAUAAUGCCGCUCGUCGCACCCAAUGUCAAUUCAUACAAGCGCCUGGUGGAGAAUUUCUGGGCGCCGGUAACAGUAUCCUGGGGCCUUGAACAUCGUGCUGCAUCAAUUCGAUUAAUUGCGCCGCCUACAUCAAAACCGGGAGCUACGAGAUUUGAAGUUCGUGUGCCAGGUGCAGACGCAAACCCAUUCUACGUUUUGGCUGCCAUACUAGCCUUGGGCUGGAGGGGCAUUGAGAAAAAGCUUGAAAUCAAGCAACCGCCUCUUGGCAAGGGGCAAGAUGUUGGCGGAAAGGCCGACCCGGGCGUCAGAUUGGCAAAGAGUCUCAGGGAAGCCACUGAGCGGUUUAUGAGACCCGAAAGUGUGGCGAGGGAGGUCUUCGGGGAUGAGUUUGUGGAUCAUUAUGGUGGGACGAGAGAACAUGAAAUCCGACUGUGGGAUGAAGCGGUCACAGAUUGGGAGGUCCGAAGAUAUAUCGAGACCGUAUGA